UAAAGAAUCCUAUUGAAAAAUAUUUAGUUAAUUCAUGUACUUAAUAUUGACUGUGUUUCGGUUGUCUUCUAGGAGUAACAAGAUGACAGGACUACCACAUCUGACAUUCAAUGUCAACAAACAUCAGCCGUUGCCUACACUGCAAAUUGUCAGGGAACGCCUUCAUUCUGAGUCUUUGCUGGCAGUAAAGCAAGACUUGAUCUCACUGCAGACCGAAAGGCCUUCAGAUCUACAUCACCAAAAUGGGGGAUAUGGAGAGCCAUCUGAUGAUAUGCUGUUGAAAUUUGUGGAUAAAACUGUGAACCUUGCUUCAGGCUCUCAGAAGGAGGCAAGAAAAGCUUCAUCUGGAAAGCUGUUUCAACCAAAACAAGAAAACAAGUCUGGUUUUAGACUUCCAGGUUCUUCUGUCCUUCACAGUUCUAGAAAAAAAUUAACUGCUCACAGACACAAAGGACUCGUCAAUACUCCCACUCCAGUCCAAUAUUUAAAUUCUCACAUCAAUAAUGUCCAUACUAAAGUAACCUGCCAACCAAAGUCUCAUAUUGUUUUUCUUAAGACACACAAAACAGCCAGCAGCACCAUCUUAAACAUUUUGUAUCGCUAUGGUGAAAGCAGGAAUUUGACCUUUGCCCUUCCUUUGAACAAACAUAGUCAAUUGUUUUACCCAUUCUUCUUUGCAUCACAUUUUGUGGAAGGCAUCAGCAGCAGAAGUGUGCGGGAGUUCCACAUCAUGUGCAACCACAUGAGGUUUAGAAAAUCUGAGGUGAGCCUUAUCAGAAAAUAAUACAUUUUGUGUUGUUUUAUUACAUUUACACCAUACAGAGUCCAUAUGGGCUAAAUGUGUUCACAAUAUGGACAAAUUGCAAUGCCGCCCUAAGUCCCCCUAGGUCCUGUGUGGGAAAGGUACGCUGAUAGAUAUGCUAAAACCUAUUUCAAGCGUUCAGGUUUUCAGUUAAUACAAUACAUAUCUCUAAGAAGAUGGUAGUCAAUUAAAGGAGCAAAAUAUCCAGAGGAAAUAUAAUGGACUUACUUGACCCUUAUGCCCAGCCAACCUUUUCAUGUAUGCUUGUUGAUGAUGAGCUAGUCUUUGAGCCAUAUUUGGGUAAUUUUAGUGAGGUUAUUCUUAGUGAUUUUGUAAAAAUAAUAAAUUAAGGGACUAUGGUGCUGUCUGGACAGGUCAGUUUUCAGUUAUUUUAAGUUUGAUAUCCUAUACAUUUGGUUUUUUUAGCACCAAAAAACAUUUUUUAUAGCUCUUUUUAAGGAGCUCUGCAAAGAAAGAGGUCCAUUUGAGCCUGUCUACUUAUAAUGUUAUGUGCCUCUUUUUGAUUGUCCGACUGUUUUCUGAGUGACGCACGGUCAGGCCAACCACCUCCUCUGUUCACUGUGUGUCUGUUCACCGUGCUCAGAGACGGCUCUGUCCGUUCUGUCCCGGAGCGAGGCAGCUUCUGCCCUGGAGAAACUAUUUCCCUGCUCCGUGACUACUCAGAAUUCAUCGGUAACCGGUGUCGGUGGCAGCCCGCGAGGCGGAAGACGCCAGGGCGAUCUGCUGAGGGACUGGAAGCUGGACAAAGCUGACGUGAAGUGGAGUUGCAGAGGCAGAGACGCUGGUGGACCAGCAGCUGUGACUGGCAGCAUGUCGACAGUCACAGCGGCCGAUCCGCCUGCUCCUUCACCAGAACAGCCGGCAUCUCUGCCCCAGCAGCAGCUCCACAUCGCAGGCCGCGGCCCACACAGGUUUUUUGAAUUUUGCCGAGGUAAAAUAAUUCUGAGUUAGUUUUGGUCUCUUGUGUUAAUAUCCUUAGGAAUCCUGUGCAAGGAUGUAGCUUCCUGAUUUUUCCUGUGUUGUUGACUGCGUCGCUAUGACAUCACAUUUAUACGGAGGUCCUGGGGCAUCGUAAAAAAAGCUGUCUGUUUAUUGACCAUUUUGACACUUUUACGGUACUUACAGAGACUGUACACCUUGUUUAUUAUGAAAAAAGACAAGAAAUCUGAUGUCAAUGGGGAGCUCCCUUCCACCAUUGAGAGACAGGAAUGAAAACAGCAGGAUUUAGAUGAGCGUUGGCUGCCCACCCCUUGUAGCAAGGGCAUAGCAAGCCAUUUGGCAGUAGCAGAGCGGAGUGGACGGGCUGGGGUGUAAGGUCUCACCAUUUUCUGGAUGUAGGAAGGGCCUGAGCUAUUCGCAGCACAGGAGACAAGUACUAGUGCCUUGAAUUGGAUGUGAGCCACCACUGGAAGCCAGUGCAGGGUGCUGAGGAGCAGUAUAGUGUAGUGCAUUUAGUUAGUGGCGAUGUGUAAUGUACAUAUGUGGGAAUGUUGGCUCGGUGAUCACCUUUAACAUAAUGCUAUUCUCGACUUGAAUUUCAGAAUGGAAUUUGAUAAAAAAAAAAUGGACCAGUGUAGGGAUCAAUAGGGAACAUGUUACAGAUUAGAUACAAAUAGUCCUUGCAAUAUGUCUUUACAUGUCAUAAGUGGAACUACUGAAGUCAAAUAAGUAGGGUGGAUUGGGGCUGGGUGUGCUGUAUGUUUGACAUAUAAGAUGUCCCCAAUUUACGGUAUGGGCCCCUCAUAUAAGUAUGGUAUUAAUAUGAGUAUCAAUGACAAUGGUGGACAAACUUUAUGGACUAGUUAGAGAUUUAGUUUUUUUAACCGAUUUUUAUUACCAAUUUCUGUAGAUUUUAUUUCUCUGACCUGAAUAUUUAGAUUUUUAAUUAAUUGUGUGACAUUAAAGCAUUACUUGCCAAAAUUACAUCUCAAAAAUACAUUUCUUCCACUGUUAUGCCAUAGGUAGCAAAAGUGAUGCCGGAAAAUACCUUCUACUUCUCCAUCCUGAGGAAUCCUGUGGCCAUGAUGGAGUCCAUCUUUAUUUACUACAGGAGUAUUCAAGCAUUCCACAAGACAGAAAGAUUGGAUGAUUUCUUAAACAACAACUGGAGAAACUACAAUUCAUCACUGAUCAACAACCACUAUGCUCAUAAUAUCCUGGCCUUUGACUUUGGCUUUGACAACAACAUUGCUGCUGAUUCUGAACACCUAGAGGAGAGAGCCAGUAUGGCUAUAGCAGCCAUUGAACAAGACUUCCACCUUAUUCUUAUUUCUGAAUACUUUGAUGAGUCCAUGAUCUUGCUCAAACAUGCCCUUUGCUGGUCCUUGGAAGAUGUGGUUUCCUUUAAGCUCAACAGUCGUAGUGAACAAACCCGUCAUCCACUCUUAGCAAAUACUGCAGAGAAGAUCAAGAAGUGGAAUGCUUUGGACUGGAGGAUUUACCUGCACUUUAACACCACCUUCUGGCAAAAAGUGAACAGUUUGGUUGGUCAAGAGCAGUUGAUCACAGAAGUAUCUCAGUUGAGAGAGCUACAGCUCAAACUAUCAAACACCUGCUUGAAAGAUGGGGGGGCAGUAGAUCCAUCCCAGAUAAAAGAUGCAGGGCUGAAGCCUUUCCAAUAUGGAGCAGCUGUAAUUCAGGGCUAUAACCUAAACCCGCACAUAGACAAAGAACCCAGAACUAAAUGUCAGAGACUUAUCACUCCGGAACUGCAAUACACAGAACAUCUCUACACCCAACAGUUCCCUGAGCUAGCUGUUAAGAAUAGACUAGCCACACGGAGAGUAGCUCAUCAACAUCAACGCUCAGACAGAACUGGUGUGAUGGGAAUGAUCUGGGACAGGGAAGCCCAUAACAGACAAUUCAUUAGACACUAAUUUUCAAAUCUCAAGAACUAAAAGGCCUUCACAAGUGCCCUGUUAAGAUAUUCAAAAGCAAAGAACAAAACAAGCAUGUCAUAGCUGUGUCUAACAAUCAGGAGAUUAUGUUCUAUUUUCAUACUGGGAGGUAUGAAAACAUGGCAUCUACAAACUGCAAUGAAAAACCAAAGUGUAAAGCAGCUGAUUAUCUUCUAGGGUACGUCUUUUUUUCAAGGUGGUACAAGAGGAGCUGUCACAGUGGUCAAAAUCAAAAGGGCCCAUUCUGUGAACAGAAUAAAGUCUAACUAUUACCAAAAUAUACUUUAUAUCUGCUAGUGCCUUCCAAAAGAGGUAUGACUGUCACAAAAAUCGCAAAUCUGAUUUACUGACUCUAUGGUUAAGGUUUGGUUAAAAUUUUGAAACAGAAUCGAUUAUGGUUAUAAGAAACCAAAAUUUGCUGCUGAUAAGAAAUUGUAUCUGAUCUGAGCUGUUCAUCGUACUCCAAACCCCAAAAAACAACCUCUGGUACUGUAAGGGUGUCACAUUAAUUCAACCAUUACUUUUAAAGGAGAUAAGAGUCAUGGUUUGUUUAACCUCUAGAGAUUACUCAUCAAGUUAUUGCUUUAAAGAAGAAGUUGUGUAUGACCCAGUGACCACUUCUGUUGUUUUUCUAGUGAGUAGUGUAGUCUUUCAUCAUGACGCCCUGUUUUAUUGACACCUUUUUUGAAUGAACCUUCAGCCAAAGUGUUCUUCAAGGGAAAACAUUUUAAUUUCAUUUUGAACAUCAAGUUGCUGUUUAAAUGGUACAUUCAGCUACAUUCAACAACAGUAAAUCCCUUAUUAAUAAGGCUCAUCAUAUUCAGUUUGGGUUGACACAGUCAGAAAGGCGCUGAUUCAACUGUCAUGGUUAAGGUAAGCAUUAUAUAGUCAGUAUAGUUUGUCUAAUCUGACAUAAACCUUUGUAUAAGUAUGAUCUCAUUUCUGUAUGUUAAUUACUGACCUGGGCUAAGGAUAUAAUUAGCUUAGCAUAAAGGCAGGCAGGGGAGAAAAAAAGCUAAUCUGACUGUCCAAACUGUAAGGAAAACACAUUCAAAUACUUGAUAAUCUCAGGAAUUAACACCGUCUAUGAAGUUAGGAUUCGGGUCACUUUAGUAGAGGUAUAAUGGUACCAAACCAACCUCUCUGUGUUGACAAACUAUACACUAUCACUGAUAUUGUGUCUGAAUGGACUGAACAAAUGUGGUACAACAUGUUCAUUAGUGAGUUUUCAGAGUUGUUGAUAGGUUUAUUAUUAUUCAGAAAAGGAUAACUGUUUAUUUAAGAUAAGUUAUACUAACAACAACAACUCUGUUUUAACCCAUGACCGAUAUAAUUUAAGUCUUCGAAAUAAAGGGAAUCAGAUCUAAUCCUAACAUUUCGAUCUAUUGUUUUAAUUAUCUUUUGAACAUAAACAUGAUAAAGUUUUUAGGAACCUUAAUCUGUUAGAAUAUGUUUUCAUGUUAUCUGAAUCGCUCUGUCUGUGAUGUUUCAAUUAUUAUUACUGAUGU